AUGCCGCUGAGUGGACUGUUCGACAAAAAGAAAAUAUUGAAAAAUAAGCGUAUGUACAACUCACGUGCCGAUCACGCGCUUUUUGAGUUCCGCAAUCAUACGUGGUCGAUUUCACGAGCAAUCACUUUUUUCGCACGCUCCAGCAACUUCACCGUCAAAUUACCAGUACCGGAGCCCACUUCAAACACUGUAUCAGUGGAUUUGAUCGCCGACUGCAAAUAUUUCACACUGUGA